AUGUUACUCAUCCUCAAAUAUUAGAAUAAAGUUAAACAAUUAAAUUUGGAUAAACGAGUUAAUGUAUAAUCUUUACAAAUACUUUUGAUUUAAUUAUUUAGUAUCAAAAACAAAAUAAUAGGUUUGAUUGAUUAAGAUGGUAACAAUAAUUGUUAAUUAUCAAGGCAACUUUUAUGAAUUAUCAUAAUUUAUAUAAUAAUUGUAAUUUACAAGAUGUAAUACCUAUACCAUUGUAAGUGAAGAACAUUAAAAUUCAAAUGAUAACAAAUUAUUAUAAACAUCUCUAAAAUAUAGUUAGAUGUCAGAUUAUAACAAUAAGCUAUCAUUUAUUGAUUUUAUUUAUGAUUUGGAAGAAUUUCAAUAGAUUCUAGGUGGAGAUCAAUACACUUGUAUUUACUUAAUAGAUGAAAAAGAUUAGCAAGGAUUAGAUUUUCUAAGUGCACUAGAACCUUUGAUUAAUAAUUUCAAUAAUUGGAUUAACUUUUUCUAUUCAUUUAGCAACAGAUUAUAAGAUCAAUUAAAGGAAAAUGAUUUCUAUUUUAAAUUUUUAUGGAUCUAUAAAGGAUCUAAGAAAAUUGUUUCCAUUUAAUUGAAUAAUGAUAAAAAAAUGAGAUAAAUGGAUGAUAUUAUACAUAAAUUAGUUUAAGCAAAAUUAUAAGGUACUAGUACAAGAACAUCAAUUAUUAAAUAAUAAUCUUAAAUCUCAUCUUAAUAAUCUCCUGAUAAACGAAGAAGUAAAUCUAUUCGUAAAUUGGUUGAAGAAUCUUAAAUUUCUAAUAACUCUUAAUAUAUGAAUUAAAAUGCUGGAUCUUCAAAAUUAAUAACCAGAGUUUAAGCUAAAUUUAUUUAAAGAGAUCCUUCAAGAGGCAGUGAGAAUUUUGAAGAUUAUAGAUCUUAAUAAUAAUAAUAAUAAUAAUAAUAAUAAUAAAGUAAUAUCUAUCAUAAUGAAUCAAUUAUCAGUUAAUAAGAUAUGCUCUUUACUUUAGUAGGUGAUCUAGAAGAAAAAGAAAUAUUGGAUGUCACAAUGGCAAGAUUAGUCAAGCGUUUGUUAAUUGAAGAAAACAAAGAAAUUAUUAAAGUCUUUUAAUUAUAUUUGUAGAAUCAUAUAAACAUUGAAUAAUUAUGUGAAAAAUUAAAUAAAAUAGUUGAAAAUUGCACUUAUUAAGAGAGACCAACAUCCCCUUUUUAAAGUCUUAAAUAAACAAAGCCUCAAACUAAACCAUUAUAAUAAUAAAUACACACUAAAUCUUAAGACUAAAAUCAUUCUGUUUAAUAAAAUUCCAUUCAAUAAGAUUUAAGUUAACGAUUAGUAGAUAUAAAAAAUAAAGUAAUUGAAAAAAAUAAUUACAGUUAUAAUUCUGAAUAAUUUGGAAUUAUGAAUAUAUUGUGGAAUCAAUAAGAUCAAGUUUUAUUAUAAUUAUGUACAGAUAUUUAUAAUAAGAUGUAAAGAGGUGAAUAACCCUCUCUUAAACCAUUACAGAUAUAUUCUGAUUCCAAAUUUAAUGAAUUAUUGUAGUAAAACUUUAAAUUAUCUGAAAUUGCUAUGAUUCAUGAAUAUAGAAAUAGUCAUUCUGGAUCAAUACAUGCUGUCUUAUAGCAUUUUAGAUAUUAAAGCAAUAUAGAAUAAUUUAUUAAUGAUUUAAGAAAAGCAAUUAAUUCAGUUUAAAGUUAAAAUCAGAAUCUUAAUUAACCUUAAAAAUAGUAAGCCUAAGAAUCUAAGGAAAUUAUAUUAUUUAAGUCUAUUCCUAAAGCUCCAUCACCUUAUAGUGUAUUAAUGCCAAAUUUUUAAUUAUAAGAAAAUACAUAAACUUAAAUUCCUACUUCAACUACUACACAAUAAUAAUAAUAAUAAUAAUAAUAAUAAUAAUAAUAAUAAUAAUAAUAAUAAUAAUAGAAUGAAAAUAAAAUUAUAUUUAUGCAUUAAACACAACCUAUACCAUUAUAAAUUGAUAAAAAUUUGGAAGAUUAAUAAGCAAUCUAAGGAUCAGCUUAAGAAAUAUAAUAGCCAACUUAUUAAAAGAUUGAUAUUCUGAGUAGAUCUGAAUAAAUUUCUCCAUAAAAAAGAAUUAGUACAUAAGAAGUUGCUGCUAAAGAUAUAAUUUUUAAUGAAGAAAACUUUAUGUAAACUAAAAAAGAUAAAAGAUAAGCUAAUAUGGGAAAGAUUGAUUAAUUUUAUUAAAUUCAAGCAGAAAAAGAAUUAUAAUAAAUAUUUAAAGAUAUGCUUUGGGAUAUGGAUUUGGAUGAACCUAAAGUUAGAUAAGUAGAAAUGUUAUUUUCAGAAUAUAAUUAGCAACUAUAUGAAAUUUUAUAAGGUUGGUAAUCUUCUAGAAAUAUUUAUGGUACCAGAACAAAACUAAUGUAUUAUUAUUUAAAUAUAUAAUAGUAAAUUAUUAUCUGAAUAAUAAAAUAAAAAAGAUGAUUAUAGAAAAAUAAAGAUGUAUAAUUUAUUUAUGAAUUAAGUGAGAUAAUUUACAUUAUAAAAUCAUUUAUAAGAUAAUGAGAAAAACUUUUUAUUAAAAAUGUUUAUGGAUAAUGAUUUAUAAGUUUUAGGAACAUUUGAAACUUAUUUAUAAAAUUAAGAUGCAGAAGAUAUGUUAGAAAAUUUAAAGUUGAUAAUUAAAUAAUAUUCAAAAUUUACUAAUGUAUAAUAAUAAUAAUUAUUAUUAUAUAGAUCAAUUCACCUGAUACAGAUUUAGAUUAAUAACCAAUUAUAGAACCAAUAAAGAAUUAAUUAACAGCGAAAGAGAUUUUAUAACAGAUAAGAAAAUAUUUUUCAGCUGAAGAGAAAAAUAGAUUAGAGAAUAUGCCAAAUGAAUAGAGAGAUAUAAAAAUAGUUGAAUUAUAUUAAGAGUAUUAGUAAGAUAAAGAUUUAAAUGGAUUUAUUUCUGCUGUAAGAAAAUUAAGUCAAUAAGAUUAAAUAAAAAAAUAAUUAGAGGAUUUAUUAAAAAAAUUACAAAAAGAAGGACAAUUAAAAAUAGAUGAUUAUAUGUUAUCUAUUAUUAGUUAGAGAAGAAAUGAAUAAAGAAUUAAAGGUGUUUUUGAAUUAUAUCUAUUUAACAAAAAUAUAGAAGAUUUUGUUGAGAGUAUAUAUAGCAUUUCUAAAUUAUUGUAAUAAGGUAAGAUAAUUAAUUUUUAGUUUAGAACUUAUUCUUUAAGCAUUGAAUUAAUUUGAGAAAGAAAAAUUAUUGGAUGAAAGAAAAAUAUCAAUUUUAAAAGAGAAGGCUAAUGAUUAUCAUAAAGAUUAUCCAAAAUUACUAGGUGCAUUUGCAUUAUAUUUUGAAUAAACUUUGACAGAUUAAGUGGAGGCUAAAAAAGAAAUAUUAGAAACUUUAAGUCUUUUUAGUUCAUGA